UCUCAGUAUUUUCCACGGGCCAAGUAACCUGACGAGCCGGUACACCGGUGAGAUAAGCCGGUAUCUUCAAAACUCGUCCACGCCUAGCAGUCCAUCAGUAUAAUAUACUUGAAGAGAUCGAAUCCCUUUCGGAGCUCGUUUAUCCUUGGUUUUGCUCUGUAAAAGUGAUAUUGCUUGAAAGAGCAACAGAUCCGGUAAAACAUGGCGGUUGGUUUCAGCGGAGAUGAAACUGCUCCUUUCUUCGGAUUUCUGGGCGCUGCGGCAGCCCUCGUUUUCUCAUGUAUGGGAGCAGCAUAUGGUACAGCAAAGAGUGGAGUUGGAGUUGCAUCAAUGGGUGUUAUGAGACCAGAACUUGUGAUGAAAUCUAUAGUACCAGUUGUUAUGGCUGGAGUGCUUGGUAUAUAUGGUCUGAUCAUUGCAGUCAUCAUAAGCACAGGAAUCAACCCCAAGGCUAAAUCAUAUUAUCUUUUUGAUGGAUAUGCCCACUUAUCAUCAGGUCUGGCUUGUGGUCUAUCUGGAUUGUCUGCAGGAAUGGCAAUUGGCAUUGUAGGUGAUGCUGGUGUCAGAGCAAAUGCACAGCAACCUAAGUUAUUUGUGGGUAUGAUACUCAUCCUCAUUUUUGCUGAGGCACUUGCAUUAUAUGGUUUGAUCGUUGGUAUUAUUUUAUCAUCAAGAGCUGGUCAGUCAAGAGCUGAGUGAAACUUGUGAUCCUACUGCAAUCUGUUCGCUGGGAGCUUUAUUUAAGGGAGACCAUGUAAGAGAUUCAUGAUGGUUGCUAUCUUUGUAUAUUUUCAAUUUUUAAGUCAUUAUAAACUUAAUUACGCUCAUAGGUCUGACUUCUAAGUGAGUAGAAUAUUCUUUUACUGCGCCUUAGUGGGCAUUUAUUGUACCCAUUAACUCAUGGUUUUGGAUACAGUUACCCUCAUAUGUUUAACGUAAAUCUGGUUUAUGCUUAAUCAGACAUGCAACUCUGAAUGUUAUUUCUUUUUCUUGUCAGACAAUAUUGGCAAAUUUCUCCUCUGAAGGUCAAUAAAUUACUAAACUUAUGCCAGCA